CGUGUCUGAUAUGAAUAGGAAUUUGCGGGUAAAUAGAUAACACGAGUGUAGGAGGUGAAGCUUCAACACAGCAGUAGUCGUAGUUGGAGAGCAGAGACAAGGGAUAUGAAAUGAUUCAACACUCAAUUCCAAUGUUCCGCCACACCACCACCGCCGCACCGCCCCAUCUCCUCCUCUCCCUCCGUCGGAACCCCACCAAAGCAUCCUCUUCCAGAAGCAACAACCGCAACCCCAACAACAACAAGUUCCAACCAACCAAACACCUCCUGAAAGCUCGCGAGGCCGUUAGAAACCAAACCUCCCUCUCCCCAUCACUCCCCCUAGACCACACCCCCACCCUCUCCCCCGACCAGGCCAUCGGGAUGGUCGCCUCCGCCCAAGCCAACUUCAUGCGCGUCAUUGUCCAGAUUUCCAACACUCCUACUCCCACUCUCGGUGUCGAAUUACUUUGCGUUGUCCGGGCUUUGUUGAAGAAGAUUAAGCGCAGAGUUUCUGUUGGCGAUAAGGUUCUUGUCGGCUCUAUUGACUGGGUCGAUGGCAGAGGAAUGAUUGAGAAUGUGUUUCAACGCAAGUCUGAGAUACUUGACCCUCCUGUGGCUAAUGUUGAUCAUUUGCUCGUCUUUUUCUCGCUUGAUCAGCCCAAGUUGGAACCCUUUUCGCUUACUAGGUUCUUGGUGGAGGCUGAAUCUACUGGGAUUCCCAUUACUCUUGUGUUGAAUAAGAUGGAGCUCGUUGAUGAAACGACUCUGAUUACAUGGAAGUCUAGACUUCGUAGCUGGGGAUAUGAACCAGUUUUCUGCAGUGUUGAAACCAAGCACGGACUGGAUACUCUCAAGUUCAUUUUAAGAGAGAAAACCUCUGUGAUUGUGGGUCCAAGUGGUGUUGGGAAGUCAAGUCUGAUUAAUGCUUUGAGAGGUGAUCAUUCUGGUAUAGAUUCUGCUGGAGAGGAUGAUUGUCUUGAUCCUUUUGCAGGUAGCAAGUGGUUUGAGGAUCAACGAGUUGGGGAAGUGUCUGUAAGAAGUGGAAGAGGAAAACAUACUACUCGACAUGUUUCUUUGCUUCCAUUAUCUGGGGGAGGUUACCUUGCAGACACUCCUGGGUUCAAUCAACCUAGUUUGAUGAAAGUAACAAGGCAAUCCCUUCCACAAUAUUUUCCAGAGAUCCAGAAAAUUCUCAGUGAUAGCUACCCUGAAACAUGCUCCUUCAAUGACUGCUUGCAUCUUGGUGACCAAGGUUGUAUUGUGAAAGGGGACUGGGAAAGAUUUCCGCACUACUUUCAACUGCAUGAUGAGAUUAAAAUUAGAGAGGGAUAUCAACUUCGAACUCUUGGAACCAAAAGAGAGGGUGAUGUCAGGUACAAGAUAGGAGAUUUGGGUGUCAAACAAGCAGAACCAAGGCUAGAACCUAAGAAGCAUAGGAGACAAUCUCGUAAGAAGAUCAAUCAGUCUGUACUGCAGGAGUUAGAUGAACUUGAUGAUGAUAACUUGUCAGAUGAUGACAAUAAUGAUCCAAUUUUGAGGGCAAUGAAAAAUGAACACCAGUAAAGGAUCAGUGAUCAACGAGCACAGCACAGCACCGCACCUUCAUCUGAUCACUAACUAGUUUCUUGGCAAAUAAAAGGCUAUGCAAACAGAAGUGGAUGGGUGAUGUGAGAGGGAACUUAUACCGGGCUAGGCAGCGCAUGUGUGCCACACAUACCAAGACCAGAGUCACCAGACCCAACUCAACCAACAAGAAUAUGGAGCGGGGGUGGGCCCCGCGGAAUAUCUUCUGUCUUUACCCAAUUACCACCAUCAUUAGUCCUGGAUUAAAUUCAAACCUCAAGAUACUUAUAACUUUGUCAAAAGAUGGUUGUAGGGCCCACCGAAUAUAUAUGUCAAAUUUUUUUUACUCACUCAUGCUCUGCGGACUCAGUUUUAUUUGGUCUCUGCUAAAAUACGGCUCGUAUCAUCUUGUCUAGUUUCAAUCCACCUUGAUGUUGCAUCUUCGGAAAACUCAUGAAUUCUUUUUCACGGGAAUAAAUCGACUUUUUAUUUCAAAAUCGCAAGUUAUUCAACAUUGUAUUGUAUGCUCCACAAACACUAGGCCACUUUUUACUUUUUAGCCGUGGUCAAGUUUUUUCUUAUUAACAAUCUCGAUGAUAAAACUGGGCUCCUAUUUCGAAAAUAAUAGUAGUAAAUGUAAAAAAGGGGCGGCUCAGAAAAACCGUGCAACAUCGAUAGUCGCGAAUUUCCAAAAUUAGAUAAACAGGUUGCACUAAAAUUUAAUCCAAAAUGGGCCCACCAGCCCCUGCCAUCUCGCACAAACAUAAACAUCAACAUCAUCCAUCCCCUUACCAUCUCCCAUGCCAAGCUUACUUGUUAAUCUCAUCUCCUUCCUCCUCCCACUCUCUCCCUGUUACAUUACAUACCCAUCUCUCUCUCUCUCUCUCUCUCGUCAUCCUCAUACAAGCACAUAUUUUUAUUACAUCCACGACCAUAAAUACCAACCUCCAUUCUCUGCAC